AAGAGUCAUUCACUUAACCUCAGUGUCUCUAAAGAGUUUAUCCAAAAUGAAAACUUUGCUAUGUUUCUUCCUUUUCUUGAUCACACUCUGGGUCAGUAUCAUCAUCCCAGCAGUUCAUAGCCGGUGUAUUAAAAACCAGCAACGAUCACUACUCCAAUUCAAGAAAAGCCUCGUGUUCAAUCAUUCCACCAAGCUUAGUUCUUGGAAUGCAAGUACUGAUUGUUGUUCUUGGGUCGGCGUCACUUGCAGCAGUAAUGGGCAUGUUCUGGGUCUUGACAUAAGCAGCGAACAUAUCUCAGCUGGAAUUAACAACUCCAGCAGUCUCUUCCAUCUUCAUUAUCUUCAAUCUUUAUCCGUAAUUAAGUUGGACGGGAACAAUAUCUCUGCGCCAGUUCCAGGAUUCUUUGCCAACUUUUCAAACUUGACUAUCUUGAGUCUCCAGGGAUGCAACUUGCAUGGAACAUUUCCCAAAGAGAUCUUUCAGUUACCUUCUCUACAAAGUAUUGACCUUUCAUAUAAUCAGCAACUUGAUGGUUCCUUGCCAGAAUUCCCAAUGAAUGGAUCUCUUCGGAACCUGCAUCUAAGAUGGACAAAAUUUUCAGGGUUAUUGCCAAAUUCUAUUGGCAAUCUCAAAAUGUUGUCCACCCUAAAUGUUGUAUAUUGCAAUUUCACCGGACCGAUCCCCAAGUCAAUAACAAACCUAACGCAAUUGGUUUCUUUGUCGAUGUCUCAUAAUAAGUUGGAAGGUUCAAUUCCGUCAUUCAGUGGGGUCAAGAAUGUUGUCGAUAUAGACCUUUCCGACAAUGGUCUAACAGGUACUAUUAAUUCCACCCACUGGAGAAACCUUACUAAGCUAUCUUAUCUCAGUUUGGGAUCCAACAAGCUCGAUGGGAAUAUCCCAGCAUCUCUGUUUUCUCUUCCCCUGUUGGGUCGUCUAGUUCUUUCCAGCAAUCAAUUCUCUGGUCCAUUCGCUGAAAUUUCAAAUGUGUCCUCCAACUUGCUUUAUGGUCUUGAUUUGAGUAGCAACAAUCUAGAAGGGCCAAUACCUAUGUCUAUCUUUAGCUUGCAAGGUCUUAUCAAUCUAGAUCUUUCUUCAAAUAAUUUUGGUGGUUCGUUUCCUCCUGACUGUCUACACCAACUGAGACAUCUUUCUUUGAGAACAAUUCCUAAUUUCUUGAGAAAUCAAUCAGUGAUUAAUUUGGACCUUUCAGAGAACCAGAUAAGUAGCAUACCCAACUGGAUUUGGAGUUUAAAUAAUCUCGAAUCCCUACAUCUUUCUUGGAACUCUCUAGAUAAUCUAGAAGUUCAGUCGGUCAAUCCCACUACUCUGGUGAUCAUCUUGAUAGACUUCUCGUGCAACAAGUUCAAAGGAUCAAUACCAAAGGAAAUUGGAGAACUCAUAUCAUUAGAGACCCUCAACUUGUCCAACAAUGCUUUCACAGGUGAAGUUCCAUCAUCACUAAGUUACUUGAGUCAGCUACAUUCUUUGGACCUCUCGAGAAACAAACUGAGCGGUCAAAUCCCACCGGAGCUUACAAAUCUCACUUACCUUGCAUUCCUGAAUCUCUCAUAUAAUCGAUUGGUCGGGAGGAUACCAAACGGUGCUCGAUUUUCAACAUUUGAUGCAGCUUCUUUCGAAGGUAACAAAGGAUUAUGGGGACCUCCUUUACCAGCAGAUAAGACAUGGUCAAAUCAUGGACAUGAGAUUGAUUGGGAUAUUAUCUGUCCUGAAAUUGGAUUUACAUGUGGGUUUGGCAUUGUCAUCGGGUCACUUUUGUUUUGCAAGAGAUGGAGGAAAUGGUAUUACAGAGCAAUGUAUAACAUGCUUCUAAAGAUAUUCCCUCAGCUGGAACAAAGAUUUGGUCAUCACAGGAGACAUGUUUAUGUACAUCAAAGAUUCUGGAGACGUUGAAAUGGUUGUGAAGAUCAAUGCACCUGACUUGUUGUCGGCCUCAUUUUGUUAAUAAGGACUAAGAUCUGUGCUUUGUUUCUGUGUAUUUUCCUGUAAGUUGGACUCACUCUUUAAAUUCGUAAUACAUAAUAAAUAAAUUUGUGGCAAACUUGCUCAAUAUUUGCCCGUGAUGUGUGAAAAGAAUGUGCUCGAAUUGUCAUAUUUGUAACUUGUUUUCCUAUGUGUGUUUUGAAGUUGUACUGAAUUACAGCGUACU